AUGAAAAAAGUAUCUGAAAAGACACAAAAAGCAUAUAACAAGGAAAACUCCAAAUUCCUCAAAAGAAGAGAAGAACACAAAAGAGAAAACAAAAAAGAAAGUAAAGGGAAUAACAAAAAGGAAUAUAAAAAAGAUAAGAAUGAAACAAACAAAGGAACUAAUAAAAAGCUCAGAUAUGUCUUAAAAGUUGACACGGAUGGUGAGUACAAGAAUAAGAGGAAUAAAGAAAAGGAUGAAAUACAAAAAAAAAGAAAUAAUAAAAGAAGAAGUUUAUCAGUAGUUAUACCCAAUUAUGAAAAGGACAUAAUAAAUAAUAUAAAACUAGCAGAUAAAAUAUAUAAAAUAUCAACUAAUAAAUCAAGCGACGAUGAUUCUUACGAAUCAUAUGAUACUAGUGAAAGAAGUACUAGUUCGAAAAAUGAAAAGAGAAAAAACUAUUGGAAAAGCAAAAAAAUUAAAAAUAGAAGAAGCUUAAGUUGUGGUAACUAUAAUUCAGAUAGUAGUAAUACUCAUAUAAAUAAAAAAUUUGAUAUUAAUAUUAAUGAAGUUCAAACAAAAUAUAAAAAUAAAAAUAUAAAAAUUAUAUAUGAUGAUGGGGGAGCUAAAAGGAUUGUAGUGAAAAAGAAAAGAAAGAAUAAAAAGGAAGGAAAACAAAGUGAAGAAAAUUAUGAAGAAGAUGAACAAGAUGAUGAAGAAGUCGAUGAAGAAGCUGAUGAUGACGAUGAAGAUGAAGAUAAUGAUGAUGAAGAUACUGACGAUGACGAUACUGACGAUGACGAUAAUGGCGAUGAUGUAAAUGACGAAGAAGAUGACGACUAUGAUGAUUAUGAUAAUGAAUGUGAUGAAGAUGAAGUUGAUAAUAAACGAAAUGUUCUUAAUAAUCGUAGGGAAAAAAAAAAGAAAGAAUCAAAUGAUAAUACAAAAAAAUUAAAAAAUGGGGGAAAAAAAAGUAACAAUAAGUAUAAAAAAAUAAAAAGUAGGAAGAAGGAGAAAGAAAACGAAAAAAAUACAAAAAACUUAUAUAAUGUAAAAAAGAAAAAAAAAAAGAAAACCAUAGCAUUAAGUGAUAGUUAUUCUGGAGAAAACAAAAAACAAAAUAUAAACAAAUUUGAUAAUGAUAAAAAAUAUGUAGAUAUGAAAAGAGGAAAUAAGCGAUAUUCAAGUGUGUAUGAAAAAAGAAGGGUAUAUAAUACAAAUGAGUAUGAAGAAAAUGAAAAAAUUAUAUAUGAUCAGACUAAGCGUGAUCAAAAUGAAUAUUAUCUAAAUAAAUAUCAUCCGAAUGAAUAUAAUCCAAAUAAAUAUCAUCCGAAUGAAUAUAAUCCAAAUAAGUAUCAUACGAAUGAGUAUAAUACAAACAAAUAUCAUCUGAAUGAUUAUCAUCCAACUCAAUAUAAUACAAAUAAUCAUGAGGAUGCUACAUCAAAUACAAUUAAAAAUAUGUACUAUUCAAAAGAAAAGAAAAAUACAUUACAUGUAUGCUCCGAAUAUGCUAAUAUAAAAAACAAAGAAUUGAACAAUAAGCUUUUUCUUAAUAUAAAAGAAUUUAUUUUCAAAAUGCAUUUAAAUCUGGAAAAUAUUAAAGAAAUGAUCAAAAAUAAGAAUGAUUAUUUAUUAACAACAUUUCAAUCAUCUUAUCAUAAUAUUGUAGAGUAUUGUAAAAAAAAUGAGGUACAAAAAGAGAAUUUCUAUAAAAUAAUAUUUCAAGAUUUGUUUAGUUUGUUAAAUGAAUUUAUUAUGGUUGAUGAUUACACUAAGAGAUUUUUCUUUAGUGUUGAAAGAGAUGUGAGACAAAAAUGUUUAGAAAAUAUAAAAAACGAAUUUUAUAACUUUAUAAAUAAAUUUAUAAAUACAAAUGAGAAUAACAAAAAUGUAUUAUCUUCUCAAUGUAAAAAUGAUGAAUGGUUUGUUUCAUCCGAUAGAUACAAAAAUAGUACGAUGAAUAUACAAGAAAUGCUCACAAGUAAACAAGAGAAACCUAGUAAUAUAUUUUCCACAAUAUCUAUGUUACACAGUAAUAUUACUAAUAAUAGUCAUGUUAGUGGGAUGAAUAUUAAUAACAAUAAAUCGUAUGAUCAAAGUAUUAGAUAUACAAACAACUCCUUAUCCAGUUUGCAUAAUAUAAAUAAUGAUAAUAUGGUUAAGAGUGAAAUUUUAAAAAUUGAUCGUUUGAAUAACGACUUGGUUCUAAAACUUAACAAAUCAAGCAUAUUUCAAAAUACAAAUGAUGAAAAUAUUAAUGUAAUAGAAUAUUUGAAAACUCUUAUAAAAAAUGAAAAAGAAAAGUACGUUAAAUUAGAAAUUUUAUAUGAUGAAAUAAAACAAAAGUAUGAUUUACUUCAAAAAAAAAGAGAAGAUGAUAUAUAUUAUAAACAAUCACAUAUAUCGAAUAAUAAUAAAAUACAGGACGAAGAAAAUUUAUCUUUUUUUGAAAAAUUGUACAGGAGUCAAUCUAUUAUAAAAUACGAAGAACAGAAAUUAGAAGAUUCCUCCAAAAAGAUCGUAGAAGAAAAUUUGAAAAUUAGCAAAAUGAAAGAAAUUAACGAACAAAAUAAGAAAGAUUUAGAAAUAGAAAAAGAAUUAAUAAAAAAAGAAAACGAAGAAAUAGUAAAUGAAAAUGAAUUAUUAAUAAAGAAAAAAAAAGACAUGGAAAAUGAUAUACAAGUUAUACAACAACAAAAAAAAGAUAUUGAAUUGGAAAUAGAAUUAGUGCAGCAAAAAAAGGAAAAAAUCCAAAAAGAAAAUGAACUCUUAGAUGACAAAAAAAAAACAUUGGAUCAAGAAAAUGAGCUCUUAGAUGACAAAAAAAAAACAUUGGAUCAAGAAAAUGAGCUCUUGGAUGAUAAAAAAAAAAAAUUGGAUGAGGAAAAUCAACUCUUAGAUGAUAAAAAAAAAAAAUUGGAUGAAGAAAAUAUUCUUUUGGAGGAAAGAAAGAAAAAAAUGGAUGAAGAAAAUUUUCUUUUGGAUGAGAAAAAGAAAAGAAUGGAUGAAGAAAAUUUUCUUUUGGAUGAGAAAAAGAAAGAAAUAGUUAAUGAUCACAAUAUAUUCAUAGAAGCAGAACAUAAUUUAUUAAAUGAUAAGAAAACGAAAAUACAAGAGGAUUAUAAUAUAAUUGAAGAGGAAUUAAAAGAAAUGCAUAGUAAAAAAAUAUUAUUGGAAGAAACAAAAAUAAAAAUAGAAAAUGAUGAAAAUGAUAUAAAAAGAAAACAAUCACAGAUAGAAAAUAUAUAUAGAAGAAAUAGUAUGAUGAUAGAUAAUAUAAAUACAUAUUCAUAUAAAUCCAAUAUGAAAAUGAAGACAUUUAAUUUCGACAAUAAUAUAGAAGAAGAAGAUAACAUAACACAAAAAACAAAUAGUAAAAUAUAUAUUGAUGAUACAUCAAAUAUGUUGACUAAAAAUAAUAAAUCCAGUAUUUACAAUAUAAAUAGUGAAAAGGAUAUAAUAAUAAAUGAUCAAGAAAUAUAUAAUAAUAAUAAUAAUACAUUCAAUAAUGAUAUAGAAAAGGAUCUUACGAGUGUAAGGGAAAAUAAUAAUUUCAAUAAUAUAUCAUAUAUUAAAAGUCAAAGUAAAAUUUAUGAUAUAAAUGAAACUAAUAAUACGUUUCUUAUGGACAGAGAAAAUAUUAUAAAGUUUCAAAAUGAUAUUAAUGAAAAGCAAAAGUUACUUAAACAAAGAGAGGAAAUAUUUUAUGAAGAAAAAAAAAAUUUUGAAAAAGAAAAAAAUGAAUUACAUUUAUUAAAAGAAAAUGUUUUAAAUAAAAUGAAUAUUAUAAAAGAUAGAGAAAAUCAACUUAAUAAAAAAGAAGAAGAAUUAAAAAAAAUGAAAGAAUUAUUAUUAAAUAAAGAAAAUAUGACAAAUUAUUCAUUAAAUUCAUCCAAAAUAUGUAAGGACAAAUUGGAAUAUAAUAAAUUAGAAGAUGUUACCAAAAAAGAAGAUAUCAAUAUGUCAACCAUGAAAAGUUUUAAGGCUCACUUAAGAGAUACAAAUAAUAGUGAACCACUUAAAAAUGAUGUCAAUAAUGAUAAAUUAUAUGAGGAUAAUAUAUCAUCUUAUGAGAAUAACUUAUCACAUGAUAACAAUAUGAAGUAUGAUAGUAAUUCAUCAUGUGAUAAUAAUAUCACUCAUGGUAAUAAUCUAUCUUAUGAUAAUAAUCCCUCGUAUAAUACACAUAUGAAAUUAAGCGAAUUAGAAGAGAAUAAUGAAAAUGAAAAUAAAAAUAAAGAGAACAUACAUUAUUAUGAUAAAGAUAAUUAUAUUGAUAGAAAUAAUAUCAUUAACAAUAAUAACUUUGAUAUAUCAAAAAUCUCAAAUGAUAGCAUUUCAGGAAAUAUAGAUAUGAAUGAAUUACAUGAAAAUUUAAAUAAUAGUUUGAAGGAAAUAGAAAUGUAUAAAAGUUUAUUAAAAAGUAGAGAUUCAGAAAUAAAUACAUUAAAAUUAAAAAUUGAAAAACAAAGGAGUGAACAAAAGUGGAAACAAAAUAAUAUUAACCAAUUAAAUGACAUAAGUUCUGAUAUGAAUAAUAUAUAUACUAAUGGAAACAUAAGUAAUGGAGUGAAUUAUGACAGUUCAAUGAAUGUACUUGAGUUACCAGAAAAGAAAUGUUUGAAUUUAUCUGAAGUGGAAGGUAAUGAAAAAAUGAAAAGUAUCUUCAGCAAGGAACUUAUAUCAUUAUAUAAAGAAAUAAAUAAUAUCAAAGAAGAAUAUAAUAUAAAUGUACUCAAGAAAAAUGAAUUUAUUGGAAAUCUUUUACUUAAUUUUUUAAAUGAUUUGAGAAAUAAUUAUAGAUUAAAAGAAAAUUACUAUGAAAAAGAGGUACAUAAAAGUCAAAUAAUUAUAAGCGAAAGGGAGGAUUACAUAAAGGAACUACAGAAUACAUUGAAUGAAAAAAAGUUGAAAGAAAUAUCUUAUAAAAAGAUGCUGUUAAAAAUGAAUCAAAUAAAUGAUACAUAUAAAUUAAAAAACAAAAGAAGUUUAUCUACAGUUGAAUUAUUAAAACAAGAUAUAAAAUUUCUAAAUGAAGAUGUUUUAAAAAAAAAUGAAAUGAUUAAAAAAUUUGAAGUAUCUAAGUGA